AACGCUCAUGAUCGCGGGACCAUCAAGCCCUUCAAGAUAAUGCAUAUACGGUUCCCACUUUCCCCACCCAUAUGUGAGCCUCCUCUCCGGCAAUCCCUUCGCCUCGUCCUGCGCCCCCACCACCUCCACUUUCUCACCUUCAACCUUCACAAAAGGGGGCCCCUCAACCCCCCCACCGGCACCGCCAGUGCAGCGAGCAUCCACAUCUUUGCGCACAGGGAUGUCGUUGUAGACCCGGAAGUUUUGUCCCUUCUGCACAUUUACCGCUUCGCCUUCAAUCGAGUUCCCGCCCACGUCAACCAUUUCUUCCUCCACUCUCGGCUCAGAGGCGGUGUGCGCUGGGGUAGUGUUCUCCAGGGUGAGGCCCACUCCUGGGCCAUCCCUCCUGCAACGGCCGAUGCGGCCUUUACCGCUUAACAGGUCGCGGGGCGAGAGCGCUGGUCUACCAUCCACUUCCACGGGCCUGCCGUUGUAGAUUAUGAUUGAUGACGCUUGGGAGACUAGAUCCUCCCCGUUUUCAAGGUUUUCGCAGUCGUGUGACACAUGAUUUGGAUCAUUCGGGUCUUGAGCAAGAGAAGCUUCGUACGCUGUGACCGCCUCGGCAUCAGCGAGGGAAGCCUCGAGCUGGUGCUUCGGGAGGUGGAAGUAUUCCAGGGCCCUGUCUAUGCUGCGCCUGUUGAGGUUGGGGUUUGGUGG